UCUUAGCGACUUGGUGAAGAAAAACGAAUUGUCCGCUCAACGAAAGAAGCUGCUAGCUAACUCCAUUAAUGCUUCUUGACGCCGAAGUACAAAAACACAGCAUUAAAAAUGACCAAACUGCAGCUUUUGCACCGCGCCCUAAACGAGCGUAUGAUGGCGGCGGUGGAGCAGAUCAUGGAAAUGGUCGGCGGUACCGUGCAGGAAUACGAGGAGGAGACGAUGCGGGUGCGGAAAGAAAACGAAGUUCUAAAACGGAGGCUACAAUGGAUGGAGGAGACAAAUCGAGCCGAGUGGCCAGGCCCAAAUGAACCUGGUAGGCUUUACACCCAAGACGAGUUGAAUCCAUCCCAGCAGGAGGCGUGUGCUGUUAGCUUUGAAUUUGGACAGGAAUCACAAGGCAUAGUGAUCAAAACAGAGUCUACUGAUCACUCCCUGUAUGUUAGUUCUGUAAGCGGUCUUGCCACAUUGCCUCAAAGCACGGAUGAGGGAUCUGCCAUUGCUGGGACAAGUGCUAGUUUUAACUAUGGCCAGAGAGAAAGAAUGACCUGGCACUCUACACAAAGUUACAUGGAACCCCUAGAGUUUGACCCAACUCCAUCAAGCACAGUCAGGUGCAAGACAGUCCGGGGAAAAAGGCAGAGGAUGUCCUUCGCUUGCCCAGAUUGUGGUAAAGUCUUUGGAAGAGAACAGGGGCUAUUGUUUCACAUGCGCACCCAUUCUACAGAGAGGCCAUACGCGUACCGCAAACGCAAGGCAUGCUUCUAUGGUGACCGUAUACGAAAGAGAAAACUGCAUGGCCUCUCCAUGUUGUCAAGAGAAAGAAGCGAUGAUCAUUUGGAUGGCUCUGAGCAGGCGAACGUGGGUAGUCCAUUAGCCGAACAUUCAGAUCAAGAACAAGAGCCAGACAAUUUAUCUUCUAACAGUGACCAAGCCAACGAAGAUGAAGGCCCCCCAAAAGCUCCACUCAUCCCUGUUCAACGGAAGGGAGGUGUGACAAAGAAGAAGCCUCGUUGCCCAAUAUGCAGACAGAAAUUCAAGCGACGCAGUGACUUAGACCUGCACUUGAAGAGCCAUGUAGAAGCAAAGCAGGCCGUCCUAUCAGGACCAGAAGAACAAAAGAAAAAAGGGACAAGAAGGACGAGGAAGGCUAAAGACGCAGUUCAAAGCUUAUUCCCUUGUCCGAAGUGUGACAGAGUCUUUCCUCGCUCAUUUGGGUUAUACUGUCACAUGAGGACACAUGGGGUGCCUCCAAAAAAUUUAAAAAGUAAACCGCUCAAGAAGAAAGUGCCGGACCAGACUGAGCAGACUGAAAAAGAAACAAGGAGAUUGACCAGAAAGUGCAAGAAGUCAUAUCCUUGCCCACAUUGUGAUAAAGUGUUUUUAGUUAAAGGGUGGCUGAAGCCACAUGUUCGAGUUCAACACUGUGAAAUUAAGACAAGCAGUCACUUUGAAGUUGAUCCUUGCAUCGGUCGGACGAGGUCACAGAAGAUGGUAACCAAGAAAUUUAUGGUCAAAAAAGGAAUGCAAGGAUUUGGCUCCUACCACUGCCCAUCUUGUAAUAAAGCCUAUUCUUCUAUGGCUUGGCUGAGUAGACACAUGUCCUACCAUCAAGGAGAAAAUCCUGCUGCUCUCGAACAACAGUCAAAAACUGAUGACAGAGAAAGCAAUGAAGGAAACAGCAAUGAAAAGCAUUCAAGGGAAAAUGCGCCUGAGGAAUCUUCAGAGGAAAAAACUAUGGACAUAUUUGAAACGAUCGAAACCAGUCAAACCCAAUCUGCGCUGCAGGCCGAUGCCAUCGGCAAUGUUGAAAUGAAACACUUUAGUUUGCAACCCAAGGUUGUUCUAAAACCAUUAAUGCCAGUGUUCAUGUACGAAAGUACGGUCCCUAGUGUAGAUACCCACAGCUCAGGCAGUUCUGAAAGCUGUAGCUUUAAUCUUGUACAAACCUCAUCCUCAGAGUCAGUUAAUAACAAAAGCGUUGAGGCAUCCUCUGGACAAAGCAACCAGAAUAAUCUUGAAAUUGUCGGUGUCCAGGUUGGACUUCCAGAGAACGACUCUCAAUCAGGAUUUAUAAACCAGGAACCCUUCAUAGAAUUAGAUGAUGAACCAGAGCAGUUAGUGACCCAAACUUGUACAACUGCAAGCUUGAAAUUGACCGAUUCAGAGCUAAUUACUCUUGCUGAAAAUGCCCCCAAGGAACCUGGAGGAAAUAACCAUCAAUGUGAAGACAUCUCUGCUGAGGAGUUAACAUUCAACAAUCAAAUCACAGUUUCAGAGUCUGAAAAUGUGUUUGAUCUUGGUCUUGUCUUUUCACAAGAUGAAGAUGACAUAGACGAUGCGCCAAAUGAAACCGUUGUGCUUGAUGAUAAUCACUCCAGUGAAUGCCUCCCAAAUGACUCUCAAUCAGAAGUAGAGAAACAGAUGCCAGUGACAGCAAUAGAAGAUGAAGCAGAACAGUCAGUAACCCAAGUCAGCACUAUUGCAAGCAUGAAUUUGACCGGUCCAGAGCUCAUGACUUAUACUGAAAAAACCCCAGGGGAAUCUGAAGAUACUAAGAAUGAUUGUUUAAUGGUUGAGAUCUGUAACGAAAAAUUAACUACUCUUGUCAUCUCAGAUGAUAAAGAUGGCAUGAACGAUGCACCGAGUCCUUCCAAAGGUUUUGAUGACAUCCAUUCCAGUGUUUGCCAUCCAAAUGGCCCCCAAAUUCUCAAUCCUGAAACUGAAUCCAUGAAUGCUGAUGAUGUCACAUGUUCUCUCAUUGACAAAGUCUCACAAAAAACUCAUGUUGAGGACGGCUCCAUGAAUCAGGGGAAAUCAUCUGAAACAUCGCAGCACGUGCAAGUUGAUAAGAAGCUACUGGACUCGAACAAUGACAGUGGCAGUCACGAACCAAAUACGGGAUCAAGAGUAAACAUUCAGAAAUGUUCUUCGCUGAAUUCUUCAUUCCGUUCCAGAUGGCGUAAAAAAUUGAGAGACAAUUCAGAAUCUCGAGAACGUGUUCGCUGCUGUCUUAAUAAGUCGGAGAAAGGACCUUUUCCUGAUGUACCUUUAAAUCGCGUGUCCCAGGAGCAACAGCAGGAACUUUAUCGAAAAUCAGCUCAACGAGAUGGGACCCCAAGUCCGCAUCCAAGGGAAAAUGCACCUGAAGAAUCUGCAGGUGAAGAAACAACGGACAGAUUGGAAAACAUCAAAACCAGUCAAGCCCAGUCUGCACUGCAAGUCCCAGAAACUGAGCAGCCUGUCAGUGCUGCCACCUGCAACAAGAGUGUUCAAAACAAUCAAUCAGAGUCUGUCAGCAUUUGCAACUUAAGUUUGCAGCCCAGGAUUGUACUAAAACCAUUAUCUAUCCCACAACGAACAUACUGGAGUACAACUCCUAAUGUAGAUGACUUUAAAUCAGGCAGUUCUGAAAGGUGUAGCUUUAAUCCUGCACAAACCUCAUCCUCAGCCUCAGUUAAUAAUGAAAUGGAAGAGGAGACUGUUAUGGAUAAGCAAACCGUUAUGGAAGAGCAGACUAUGGUAAAUUGCUCAGAGUCAGUGGUAUCUUGUGGACACAGCAACCAGAAUGAGGUUGAAACAAUCUACAGUGUUAUACCCGAGACCGAUAUUGUCUCUGUGACCGUUGAUCUUCCAAAGAAAGACUUUCGAUCAGGAUUUAUAAACCAGGAACCCUUCAUAGUAAUAGAUGAUGAAACAGAGGAGUCAUUGACCCAAACCAAUACAACUGCAAGCUUAAAAUUGAUCGGGUCAGAGCUAAUAACUACUGCUGAAAAUGCCCCAAAAGAACCUGGAGGAACUAAACUCCUCAUCUCUGCUGAGGAGUUAACGGUCAAGAAACGGAGUACAGUUUCAGAGUCUGCGUUUAACAAAACCACUUGUGGGGUCACAAAGAAGAUCUGCAGCCCAGAAGUGUUUGAUCUUGAUCUUGUCUUUUCAGACGAUGAAGAUGACAUGGAUGAUGCACCUUCCAAAGUUUUUAAUGAUAAGGAAACUAUAGCACUUGAUGAUAAUCGCUCCAGCAAAUGUCUCCCAAAUGACUCUCGAUCAGAAUCAAAGAAACAGGUGCCAUUGAUAGUAAUAGAUGAUGAACCAGAGCCAUCAGUAACCAAACCAAGCACUAUUGCAAGCUUGAAAUUGACCAGUUCAGAGCUCAUGACUGCUGCUGAAAACCCCCCAGGGGAAUCUGGGGAAACAAAGCGCAAUUGUAAAGAGAUCGAGAUCUGUAUCCCAAAAUCAACUAAUCUUGUCAUCUCAGAUGGUAAAGAUGCCAUGAAAGAUGCAUCAAGUCCUUUCACAGGUUCUGAUGAAAAGAAAACUGUCCUGCUUGAUGAAAAUCAUUCCUGUGUUUGGCAUCUAAAUGGCUCACAAAUAAAUGCUAAUGAUGCCACAUGUUCUCAUAUCAAAAGUAUUGACAAUACCUCACAAAAAACUGAUUCGAUAUGUGCUGGUCAAGCAUCUCUGUUGCAGCACAUGCAAGUUGACAAGAAGCUACUAAACAUACAGAAUGACACUGGCGAUGAUGGACCAAAUAUGGGAUCAAGUGUAAACACUCAGAUUCUAAAAUCUCAUGGAGAUGAUUCAGAAAAAUCUGAAAUCUCAGGGACAACUGACCCUUCAGUAAAAAAUGUGAAAACCAAUGAGUCAUUUGUAAAAGGUUUGGAGGACUUUGACAUAACCUCAAACUCCCUCAUAACCAGCCAAAGCUCUGAAGGCAGCUGCAAAAAUCCAGAGAGCAGUACAGAACAAGAAAAAGUAGAUAGAUUGUAUGGUGGAAGGGCAUGUGAAGCACAUUCAGAAUCAGACAGUCCAGCUCUGAGUGUUUUUGAACCCUCAAGAUCUUCUGAACUAGACUCUUGCAACAGCGAUGCACCAAAAACCAAUUAUCCAGAAACGGAAGAACAUCCUGUCUUCAACAUUGACAGUAAUGCACCUCAACAAGGUCCAGAUGUAGACUCCACAAGUCCACUUAUUCCAGAUUCUUGCCAAUCUAAUCCUUCCCAUCUGGAAUCAGUAGUUGCUUCCAUACCAUACACAAACAGGAGUACACCAAGCCCUAAUGCCCAAGCUGUGGAGAUAUUAGAACCACUAAUACAAGACAAAGAAAGAAGGGAUGUAGAUCAGUCUCUCAUCAUUUCGGACAGUGGUUGUGCCGUUCUUCAGGGGUCCUCGGGAGAACACACAGAUCAACUUAAACCUGACAGAAACAUAGAUGAUUCUUGUGUUUCAAACAUCAGUUGCUCUGACAUAAAACAAAUCAUUGAUCAAGUGUCUGAUUGUUGUUUUCAUGGUACUGGGUUUUGUGAGGAACCCUACAUAUCCUUAAGGCCAGAAGAAAGGUUUUCUUCUGGUGCAGUUUCCUCAGAUUCUUCCUCAUCACAGAAUUUGGAAUCAAAAAGCACUCACAGUUCUUCUCUAAUGGGGAAUACAGAUUUGGCUGGUGAUGUUACACCACAAACCCAAGGUUUAGAUGUAGAAAGAAGCCUCUUUAUUGGCUCGGGGAGGUGUGAUGUGAAACCUAGUACAAACCCAGAUAGCUGUAACACUGAUCACACCCAUAGUGCCCAACCUGAUAGGAUUGAAAGUCCAGGCCCUAUUACAGACCCAGAUAGCUGUAACACUGAUCACACCCAUAGUGCCCAACCUGAUAGGAUUGAAAGUCCAGUUCCUAUUACAGACCCAGAUAGCUGUAACACUGAUCAAAGCUGUAAUGCCCAACCUGAUAGGAUUGAAAGUCCGGGCCCUAUUACAGACCCAGAUAGCCGUAACACUGAUCAAAGCUAUGUUGGCCCACUUGAAAGGGUUGAAAGUCCAGACCCUGACAAUCAGCUGAGUGCAUAUUCAGAACUAAACCCAAAUCUGCAGGACAUCAAACCCAGAGCAUUGGGUCAAAUAUUUUACCCUAAAUCCAACGAUUUCCACCUCAGAGAAGACUCUUGCAUUGUGGCUGAGGAGGAUAGCGAUGAGGCUGUUGAAGCUCAGCGCAUCUCUGCCACAUUGGUCACCGGCAAGCACAAGAGAAAAAGAGUUGAGCAGAAUAUCAGUUUGAAAGAGUCGUCAAAGAAAUGCCAUACAAGUACUCAGCCUCAGGUUGAUUCCCCGUUUUAUUUUUUCUGAUGAUGCCCUUUAGUGUAAUUCGGCUGAUGUCCUGCUGUAAUUAUGUGUAUAUUAAAGAAAGUAUUGUAUGUUCAUUUUUGGUACUGUUCUCAAGUUAAAACAUGUUUAAAACAUUAAAU